GUGUAUGACAGCGAUUUGACAAUUCAGGCAGCAGCAGCGGAGAGCACAAUUCUGCAGCUGCUGCUGCUACAGGCACUGAAAACUCACAUUUCCUCCUCUCUCUUUGAACCAUCUGCAUGCUGAGAAGCGUACUUUGCCAGGCAGCAUCCUCCAACCCCGGCGAUAUUCUUCAUCCCCCGGCAGCACCAUCCGCUGGCAGGCAGCAGCCAUUCGUCCCCCACCAGAAUCCAGCUCCUGGCAGCAGCCUCCAUCCUUCAGCAGCCUCCAUUCCUUAGCAGGCAAAACCAGCCAUCCCCCGCCACAGCAGUCACCCCCUCCCCAGCAUCACCCAUGCUCUAGCAUCAUCCAUCCCCAACAGCAUCCAGGCCCUGCAGCCUCUUGCUCUCUCUCUCCCCCCGAUGGGACAGCUGCCAGCAUGAGCACCGAUGCCAGCCACCUGCCUGCGGGUUCCCAGGAGGCGAGUGGGGCUAUUUGGACUCCAUCCAGCUGGAUGGCUUCCGACGUCCCUCCCAACGCCAGCGCCUCCUUGGCACAGCUGGAUCAGUGGCAAAGGGCAGAGGAGUGGGGUGGCACUACCGGAGAGAUUGCGGGCACGGUAGUGAUCCAGUGUGUCUACGCCCUGGUGUGCCUGCUAGGCCUGCUCGGCAACUCACUGGUGAUCUUCGUCAUCCUGCGCUACGCCAAGAUGAAGACGGCCACCAACAUCUACCUGCUCAACCUGGCCAUCGCCGACGAGCUCCUCAUGCUCAGCAUCCCCUUCGUGGCGACCUCCGCUGCGCUGCACCACUGGCCCUUCGGCCGGGCCCUGUGCCGCACCGUGCUGGGCGUGGACGGGCUUAACAUGUUCACCAGCGUCUUCUGCCUGACCGUGCUCAGCCUGGACCGCUACAUCGCUGUGGUGCACCCACUGCGGGCAGCCACCUAUCGCCGGCCCAGGGUGGCCAAGAUGGUCAACGGAGGGGUCUGGCUGCUCUCGCUUCUGGUGGCCUCGCCCAUCCCCAUCUUCGCCGGCACAGCCGCUACGCACGACGGCCGAGCGGUGGCCUGCAACCUGCUGUGGCCUAGUCCGGCCUGGUCAGCUGCCUUUGUGGUCUACACGACCUUGCUGGGUUUCCUGCUGCCAGUGCUGGCCAUGGGCCUCUGCUACCUGCUGAUUGUGGGCAAGAUGCGGGCGGUGGCUCAGCGGGUGGGCUGGCAGCAGCGGCGGCGCUCGGAGGGGAAGCUGACCCGGCUGGUGUUGAUCGUGGUGGCCAUGUUCGUGGUGUGCUGGAUGCCCUUUUAUGUGGUUCAGCUGGUGAACCUGCUGCUGCCCGGCCACCUGGAUGCCACGGUGAACAAUGCCUCUGUCAUCCUCAGCUACUCCAACAGCUGCGCCAACCCCAUCCUCUAUGGCUUCCUCUCGGAGAACUUCAGGCACUCCUUCCACGGGGUGCUGCGGCGGUGCUGCGAUGCCCGCUUCUGCUGCUGCUGCCACCCGGACCUGGGCGCCGCUGAGGAGGAAGAGGAGGAGGAGCCGCUCGAUUACUGUGCCGUCCCCAAGGGGGAGGAGACGAGCAAGGGCUGCAUGUGCCCAUCUUUGCAUUGCCAGCGGGAGCCGGUGCACCCUGAGCCCUGCUGUACGCCUGGCACCCUCCUUGCAAAGACCACCACCUUCUAGACGGCACGUGUCCUCCUCCUCGGGACCGCUGCCCUCUGAAAGGGUGCCUCCUCCUGGCCCAGCCCCCGUCUUGGCAGGACCAGCAUCUUGUAAUGAGCACCAUCGCCCCGCCGCUGCAUCUCACCCUUCACAAACAGACGAACGGGGUAAAGAAGCCUGCGUGAGUCCUCAGCGUGAGGGCCAGUUGCUUCUGGCUGCGGCUGGGAUGGGGCUUGUACGGGUGCUGGGUAAGCUGGCUGAGAGACCUGCACCUGCUUUUUUCUCUUUGGGUGGCCGGGCUUGUGUCUUGAUCGAUUCCUUCUGUAGCCUGAGCAGCCCCUCGCCACUGAGACCAUGGGGGCCAUGCUUGGAGUAAGGAGCCACUCAAGGUGGCAAAGGGCCUAGAAUGAGGAUACUCUUAGCCACUCCCAUCCCUGGGCACUUGCUCACAGGGCAGGGUUCUAUGCUGGGCUUCUCUG